AUGGCAUCAUCUGGUAGUGGAGUAUCCAACGCGAGCGACCCGAUGGCCUUUACCUCUAAUGAUGAGAUGGCCACCGACUCGGGAGUUUACACCUCAGACACCACGAGCACCGAUGAAGACGAUUUCCAGCCGUUUGCCCUACCGAUCUUCGGAGACGACGUACCCCUAGCUGAUGGCCCACCAGGAGAGGACCUACCCCUUGUUCCAAUCCCUGCCCCUCACCCCUUCGCUGCAGUUCCCUUUGAGGAACAACCUCUCGACGCGUUACCCGAUGGUGACAUCGACCUACUCAUCGAGGGUCCCCCCGAGGGAGACCAGGAUGGUGGGGCCCCGAUGGAGGACGGUGUUCCGCUUGCCGUUAUCCCAGUUGUUGAUCCCAUUGUUCCCAUGGUUGAGCUUCCUGAUAUGGAGGUUCAUUCUGAUUCGUCCGCCUCAGGUUCUUUUGAGUCGAUAGCUUCUUCUAUCCCACCAUUGGGAUUCGGUUACAUUCCUUGUAUUGAUGGUGAUGAGGAGAUGGAGAUAGGGGACGAGUUGAUCCCUGAGGAGCAGCCUGCUGAGGCUCCUGUUCUCCCAGAUGAUCAGAUUCCUGUUAUGCCUGCUGAUCAUCAGCCCGCUCCAGUCGUUCCAGAGCCCAUUCUUGCCCUUGACCCUGUUCCUGUCAUUGAUGCACCCGCCGUUGCACCACCAGCCAUUGAGACCCCAGAGGUAGCACCCAUACCCGACCCUAUGGCGAUUUUUGAUGACCUGGCACCGUUUGCUACCCACAUUGACCCGAGAUACGCUAACACCAGCAAUGGGUGGAUCGAGGAGGAUGACUACCCUCCGUAUGUGGUCCCAGUCACUCCCACUACCAUACCUGUUACUGCACCACUCGAUAUUCAGGUGUUUCCUCCACCCACUUCUGAUGCCCCUCGUACCGAUCUUCCAAUUACUUUUCUCCAGGACAUUCCUCCGCCACAACCUGGGGAGGGAUUGUCGAGUCAGCCUUUCGGCCACACACCAUUUAUGUCAGGAGAUAGCCAGUUCUUACCACAGAUCCCUUAUCCUGGUUUUGUUCCACCCGUGUCAUCUACUGCACCCUUCAUGUCUCAGUUUCCCCAUACCACUUUACCAUUUACAUCUACCCCACACACUACACAUCCAGCUUCAGCCCCGAUGGGUGAGCCAUUUCUAUGGUCAUCACCCCAUGUUAUGCCAGAUUCAGAUGUUCGUUACCUUCCUCUUGACCAACAGGUUGCUUUCGUAGGAGGACUUGGUGUAGUUGCGCCGAUUGCUUUUCUCUCACUUUCCACCUCCUCCGCCGCCAUCGGCAUAGCCACUUUUGAUUUAUUGCAGAAAAUACCUCCACGACGUGAAGCACGCAUGCCGACUACCCAGGCAGAACUGCAAGGAAUCAUCGCUGCCGCUAUUGCGCAAUACGCUGCUUCUCAAGGAGAAACAAGCGGAAACAUUUCAAACAACAACAACAACCCUCCGAAUGGGUGUACUUUCAAGCAAUUCUUAGAUUGCAAGCCGCAAAACUUUGAUGGCACUGGAGGUGCCGUGGCUUUUACCCGUUAG